AUGGCGUUUGCGAUCAAUACUGUCGGCCGUCGCUCAGCCGACCAAGGCAGGACGGUGAACCCUGAGGACGUGGAGGCCGCUCUCGACAUGCCAGACUUCCUUUUCCGCCCAGUCGACCAAGUCGCCCACAUGCUGAACCUGAUCGACGUGGUGAUGGCAUGGUCGGGCAACAUCGAUGAGGAGACGGUCAAGGCGGCCGUGGAGAGCAGAGGGGCGCAGGCAAUGGAGAACGUGCCAGAUGUGCUGAAGAUUCCAGCAGGAGCGCCUGCGAGCGUGAAGGCGCAGUUCGUUGUUCAGCGGGCUGGCGUUGGGCGGUACAACGUGUUGCGCCACUUCAUUUUCAAGCACGGCACCAGCCUAAAGCGCGCAGACACGCGCCUGUACACCAUGGGCCAGUCGGCGACGUUCCCUGCGGCCGAGGACUCCAACACUUGGGGCCAGCGGAAGAAUUUCAAUGCGAUGCUCGACCGCUUGCCAGGAUUCCAAGUGCGCCAUUUCAGUGUGACCCGCAAGGAGCCCAGAGAUCAGCAGGGGAAGGGCUGGGACCCCACGCCAGAAGAGAUCCGCGACGGCUUCGCGUACAUCCGCGAGCACUACCACGAGAUUGCUGGUUCAAGCGCGAUCGAAGCGCAGGAGUGGGUGCUUCUGCAGACUAAAAUCCGAUCGAGCGCUUGCUUUGGGUGGCCAACCAGCCAGAUCGAGAAGGCGUUGGUGAACAUGGACAAGGCAUCAGCUUCGGCCGACGUAGACAUAUUCUUCCCGCUGACGUCGUACGACCUGCAUCCUGUCAUCCAGGAGCUUCUGCUGCCGUUGAUCUACGCUUUCGCCCCGCUCUCUGGUACCAUGGUGCUCGGCGCUCCCGGAGUGGGGAAGACUCCCUUGUGCCAGAUUGCAGCCAUGGCGUGGGGGCGGUACGUGACGCGGAGCAAAGGCAUCGACAAGAAGCCUGGCUUCCGGCGGGGCAAACAGAUGGACGUCUUUCGGGAUAAGGCAACGCCCGUGUAUGAAGGCAUCUUGCUCGACGACCCCUCUCUGGAUCGCAUUGACAUCGAGGACCUCAAGGCCUUCGGUACAGUCCACACAGCGGGUCAUUGUGACGCUCGGUAUACUCCCCCUAAGUGGGCCAAGGGCCAGUUCCACGCGCUUCUCAGCAACUGCUGGUCGGAAGAUGCUGAGCCGCCAGACUCGGCGGAAUUCUCCAUCGACCCCCAGCUGUUCAUGAGAAUGCUCGAGAAGCCUUUCGGCUACCUCAGCCAGUCGCACAGGCUCGCCCUCACUAAGCGGUUCGUGCUCGUUGUGGUCGGCAGGCGCGCGUUGUACGUGCGAGCGCCUAGCUCCGAUGACGCCGCCCAGAUCUUUAAGUUCACUCAGGGCAACGUGGCCUCUGACUUUCUGUUGCCAGACCACAAGGACGCCCUCGCUGGCUUCUACCAGGGCAUGGAUCACGAGGACUGCGUGCACCCAGAUUAUGCGCUGCACGUCGAAAACGAAUACAGUCUCGUAUGCGAGGUGCAGGAGGCGGUGCGGCAGAAGACCGCAGAGGAGAUCGCCUCGUGGUGGGCGAACCGCACGGCCGAUCGUCUAUCGUCAGCCAGUGGCGCACCACCUGCGCCAUCCAUCCACCAUGUCCCUGCUACUGCUGGUACGCAGGCAUCCGACGCUGGCGGCGUGCGCGUGCGAGCGGAUGCUGACGGCCAGUAUCGCUUCCGCCUGCCAGCCGCGGGAUCGCUGGCACCGCCAGGCGGAUCGCGCCGCGCUUUCCGAUACCCUCUCUCCGCGAAGCGUGAGCGCGAGGAGUUGGAUCGGACCGACGCGCCUGGCGGCCCGAGGCCGAGGAGGGGCCUCGGCAGCGCCGCCGAGGGCGCUGCGCGGGCCAGCGCCAACGGCGCCAGAUCGGCGUCGGGCGCGGGGGCGACGCCGCAUGGCCUAAAGGAAGAGUUCAGCAGCCCCCCUGCGGCCCCCGCCGUGGAUAGCAUUGGCGGCGCUGUGAUCGACGUAUUGUCCAGCGGAGAGGAGGGCGACGCUCCGCCCGCGCCGCUUGCUCGCUACCCGCGGGGAGCACGCCUGUGCGACAGAUCGUUUGGCUGCAUCGUGUCGAUGCAGUUCCGCCCCGAGAACGUGCGGCGCUACCCAGACUGCUGCAUCCUGGAUGCCCUGAACGCCAUCGGCGUUCCCGUGCCUUACGAUCACGCCGGCCCCUACACUUUGGAUGAGGCAAAAUCCCUGCUCAACCCGUUCGGUCUGUCGUUGCUCCGCUCGCAUCCCAGAUCGGCCAGAGGUUCUCAGGCAGGACGCUACAUCAUCGUUUACAGCAUCGCACCCAAUCGUCCUGGGCACGCUGUGGGUGGCAUUGUAUCCAAGGGCCGCGUGCAUUUCUUCGACGGUUUGCGAGAGCAGGUCCGUGCGGGCCAUUCCGCCUGGCACCGGCUGCCCGACGGCACUCCCUCGUGGAUCUGUGAUUGGUAUCAGUCCGCGGCCGCGGAGAUCAAAGGAGAUCCACGCGAUCGAAAAGUCAGUAAGAAUUUGGUUGACCUGGCUCGCAUGACGGAAGCAGAGAUUUGGAAUUUCAUGCUCAAGCAGCAGCUCAUGAACUUACUGUGCCUGUCCACGACGAACUCAGUGACUAGCACCAUCCAUUUGACGGGGCAUGCGCGCAGGUCUGUCAUACACACGCACGGGUUACUACAGAAUGCUCGUAAGUUGUACGUGCAGCGGAAGGAGAAGACCAUGACUUUUGGCAGUGACAAAAGAGUGCCAGCAGCGAAGUGGCACGACAUCGAAGUAGACGAGGCCUCUUUCGGCAAGAUGCUACUCCGACCUCCACGCAGCGCGUCUGACCACUGCCUCGCAUGGGAGAACUGGAUCGGUAUUCUGCGCCGUGGUCACCCAGGUUCUCUCAUGCUCAUUCGUUCGAAAAAACACGCCCACCCUGGCGAGAUCGCCAGGUCCAGGACCGAUCACUAA